AUGCUUCAAAACGGAAAGGAUGUCGUCUUCUCAGAUCACGGACCCGUUUGGGCCAGUCUUAGACGGGUUGCCCACUCGGCGGUCAGAAAACUAGCCGUAAGUGAGAAGUUGUCUGAUUUGGUGGACGAUGUGGUCAAUGAAACCGUUGAGACAAUGAUUAAGAAUGAAGGCAUCGGUAAACCAUUUAAUCCCAAGACCUAUAUAUAUAUGUCUGUCAUAAACAUAAUCGCGUCGUCGGCUUUUGGCAAACGAUACUCUUUUGAAGACAAAGAACUGAAGUUUUAUGAGGAAAGCUUUGAGUACUUCAGAGCCAACUCUAAUAAAUUAGCCCUAACUGACCGAGUUCUUAUACUCAAACCAUUGUAUGCCAAUGUGGUCAAUAAAACCAUACAAACAAUGAAAGGACUGUCGAUGAAUGUGAAAAACAAAUAUUUGGAUCGACUGAAAGUGCACUCAAAGGGAGAGAUCCAUGACUUCUGCGAUGCGCUCAUUGAAGCCAAAGAGGAGGCCAUCGCUGACGAGAAAGAGAGCGCUUCCGCCUUCACUGAUGUCAACCUUUCACUGGUUAUUAUGGAUUUAUUUUUAGCCGGUGUCGACACAACACAGUAUACGAUGCGAUGGAUUAUACUAUUGAUGGCAAACAAUAUAGAAAUGCAGUUAAGAAUGAGACACGAAAUCAAUGAUAUUAUCGGCGAUAGAGUGGCAGACAAUCACCACAAGAAUAAUUGCCAUUAUGUCAAUGCAUUCAUCGCUGAAACUCUUAGGUAUAAAGGGGUCGCGCCGUUAGGAGUUCCACACGUGGCUCUCAGUGACUAUCAAUUAGAUAAUUACCACAUCAAAGAGGAUACAUUUGUUUUUGGAAACUUAUUGGCAAUAACUCGUGAUCCCAACCUAUGGUCCAAACCGGAUGUCUUCUCCCCCAACCGGUUCUUAGAUAAGGACAACAAAUACAUGUCAGCCCUCCCGGGGUUCACACCCUUCGGAAUCGGACGGCGUAUAUGUUUGGGUGAAAAGCUGGCGCUCGCGGACCUCUUCUACAUAACUGUCCGCCUAUUGAAGUCUACUCCAGACUAUGUGUUUGCGUUGCCAUCGGGU